CAGUACUGUUAAUGUGUUUUAAUAAGGGAAAAAUCCACUUAUAAUUUACAGUGAAAUCAGUAAAGCAUGUUCCCUAAUUCCCUGAAUGACACACAAAUUUGAUUAUUUUUUAUCUAAAUAAUAAUUAUAAAUGUUUUCCCCUUAUUUUUGUUAUUUACAUUUUUGUUAACACUGUGCACAUCUAUAUGUUUACCCAAAGUCACUUUCACAAGGAUGUAAAAAAAAUAAAAAAUACACUAUUCCUAUUUUGUUCCUUAAUUGUGAUUAGUACAAUUUUUUUUUUUUUUAACAUUACCAUUUUAGCUAUUUUACUUAGGCCUAUAGAUUAAAAUAAUUUUCUGCUAAGCAUAUGGUGGAGGCAAAAAGAAAGAAAAAAAAAAAAAAGAAAAAAAAGAAAUCUGACUUUAAAAUCAUUGCAAGUCACUCUAAAUAAAGGACAAAGAUAUUAAGCGAGAUGCUCCACACUUUGCACACUGCAGUCUUCCUCCUCUUUCUCGUAUUCUACUCUUGUCUCCUUUUUUACCUGCUGGUCCCCUGGCAUUACAGUAUCUUGACACAAAGAUAUCUUUGUGCUUCAAGCAGUCACAAAGUGCUCAGAGUUUCGGCAUCAAGUUCCCUCAUCAGGGAAGAACAACAAGGGCACAUAGAACGGAUUAUACUUCUUGCUCUCCUCCAAUACCAUCGGGGCAAACAGAACGAGAGAGGGAGGGAAGACAGGUGUGCUCAGUCUGUAAUGAACUCAGUAUUAUAGGAUCAGAGUAAGACAGGCAUGGAUUACGUCUGUUUUCAUUAGUAUUAACAUCAUUGCUUGUGUUUCAAAAAAGACCAAGUCUGUGAAAGCGUUUGGGACUGUUCCUCAAACUUAAGGACGUGGUUUCUACAUUAUUCAUUGUAAGCAAGUUAAAAUCUACCUUUUCUCUCAUAGCUGUACAUUUCGCCACUUGAAGCUCUCUUUAUCUGUCACUCGCUCCCCUUUUUCCUCUGUCUUUCCCUCAGAACCAAUCCGUCGUUAGCGGGAGGAGUCCCACCAGUGGACCUGAGGGACGGAUAGCAGUGUUUCACGAGUUCGGCGAAGCGUUUGACGACUCCAAUAGUCCGAGGUCCGGUGGGGGGGCUUAUCGGGGAGGUCGACUCCGGUACAAGCGAGCGACAUGCUCCCUCCUCAGAGAAUCUCGUGCCGAGAGCGGAGAGCAUUUCACUGGCGGACCGCCUCACCAUGGACCACGUGUGUGAGAGUCACGUGUUUCAGUCGGCUGCGGUUUAUGUGGUUCGCUCUGAUGGUCCUGACUGUCCUCUGUGUGGCUCUGCAGAUGCUGGGAGUGGUCCGACAAGCCAGGAGCUCCAAGGUUUUGAAACUUGUGAGUAAACAGCUGAUCAGAAUGCCUGCAGAGAUCCAUAGACCCAUGAAACGCAAAGACUGGGAAAACCUAGAAAACCUUUCGGCUCUCUCAACAGCCAUCGUUGAGGAGCCAGUCGACCAGCAUUCUUUCAUACAGAGAAGAGACGAAAGCGAAAACCCUCAUUCAGAAGAGGAACGGGAGCAAGUCUUGGAGGUUGCAAGAAAAAAGUUUACUAGCACUACCAAAACAGUUCCACCAAUGGAGGCGAACAAACUCUUCCUUGACCAAAAAGUGGCUAAACUAUUUCCGCAUCAGCCGCAGAAGCCAGUUAUCACCAAAAAUAACCAUGAAAUUCAAAAACCACCACAGUCUGAUGACAAUACUGAUAAAUAUACAGUAAAAUCACAAGCUGUCACGUGUCAACCCAAAAACCACAUUGUCUUCCUCAAGACACACAAGACUGCCAGCAGCACCAUAUUGAACAUUCUCUAUCGUUAUGGGGACAGCCAUAACAUGACCUUUGCCUUGCCGCUGAACAUGCACAGCCAGUUAUUUUACCCAGCAUUCUUUGCAGCACACUUUGUGGAGGGUGUUAGGACUCAAAGCGUGAAAGAGUUCCACAUCCUGUGCAAUCAUAUGAGAUUCAGUUCACAAGAGGUGAGGAAGUUGAUGCCUAAGGACACAUUCUACUUCUCCAUUCUUCGGAAUCCGGUUGCGAUGAUGGAAUCCCUGUUUGUUUACUACAAAGCGAUCCCAGCAUUCCGUGCUGUAAAAAGCCUUGAGGAGUUCCUGAUCCAGGGUGGGCGGAGCUACAAUGCUUCUGUGCCUAAUAACCACUAUGCACGUAACAUUUUGACCUUUGACUUUGGUCUGGAUAAUACAGCACCUGAGAACGACACAGAGCUAGACAGACGUAGCGCCGAGGUCAUUGCUGCCGUGGAACGCGACUUUCCGCUGAUCCUCAUCUCAGAGUAUUUUGAUGAAUCACUGGUGCUUCUAAAACACGCCCUCUGCUGGUCACUGGAUGAUGUUUCAUCUUUCCGCCUCAACAGUCGCAGUGAACGCUCUCGCAGACCCUUAAGUGCAGAGACCACAGAGCAGGUAAAACAGUGGAAUUCACUAGACUGGCGAUUGUACCAGCACUUUAAUGUCACUUUCUGGAAGCGCAUAGACUCUACACUCGGACAGACGAAGCUCCAACAGGAAGUAGAGCUUCUGAGGGCAAAGAGGAUGAAGCUUGAGCAAAUGUGUUUACAGGAAGGAGGGGCAGUAGAUCCUGCGCAGGUCCAGGAUUCAUCAUUAAAGCCGUUUCAGUAUGGUGCAGCAGUUAUUCAAGGUUAUAACCUCCGACUGGGGUUAAAUAAUGAUACUCGUCAGCUUUGUCAGAGGUUGAUUACACCUGAACUGCAGUACACGUCAGCCUUGUACACCAAACAGUUCCCUCAGCUGGCGGCCGCACGUGCCGCUGCUGCAAAAAGGAUUGCAGCCUCCAGAAACAUUGCAACGCACAGAGCUGUUAAGCGCAAUAUUGAAACAAAUGCGCACAUAGCAGUGACAAACAAUACCUCACACAACAAUACAAAUAUAACCAUUGCGGAUAAACAUAGCUUAAACAUUUUAGCUAAUUCUGUUGUUCAUAGUGAGAGACAAAACAAUUUUGAUGUACACAGUGUAACAAAACAGUAUAAGAAUAAAGAAAUAAAACGAAACUCAGAUAAACAUAUCACACAAAAACACUUUAUAAACUCAAAGGUACCACAAGAAUCUGCUUUGUUGUGAUGAAUCAACUGAUGAAAACUUAGAACAGAAUUAGUUAACUCAAAGGAACAGUCAGAAAUUAACAUAUUAAGGAGAUUUCACGUUACAAAAAAAGUCAAUUUUCUAUCGUAAUUAGUGUAGUGAUAUAUGAAGUCACUUUCAAACCAAGCAGCUUUCUGUCUGUCAAAGUGGGAGAAAUCUGCGUAAAAAUUUUUUCGCCCUCACACUCGACUCCUGAUCACAUAGAUUCCAAUUGAAAUAACUGGAUUUAAAUGACUGCGAAAUUUCUCAGAGUAACGGUCAGUGCCGUCCCAAGCAUGGGGCGGGGCCAAGUGCGAGCCAGUUCUUUUAAUGAAUUGUUCAAAAAGACAAGUUUGAAAAAUUGUUCACUGAUUUGAAUCAACAUCUGAAUCACUUACUGCACUGCAAGUUAUCUUUAUUUUCAGUGAUGUCCAUACCAAAAUGAAGCAAGAUCUGCGUCCGUAUCAUUACUGACUGAAGGCUGAUUUAAAUACUCCUUUGUCGCACCUACGCCGUAGGCUACACGUCGGUUUUCAUUUACACUUAUGCAAUUACACAGGCAGACCACUAGCAGGCAGUGUCCACGGGCAUAUUGAUGGUGUAACCCACAGUAUCAAGGCAAAAGAAGAAGAAGAAGCAGCUUGUUGUGUUCUUUAGCCUUGUCCUAAAUAGCACCCUAAACACUCACGGCCUUCCUACGAGUCCGCACUUUUGUGACGUAACGUUGCUUUAACUGUCUGGAAGAAGUCUG